AUGGCGCGCUCCAAACUCCUGGCUGCUUGUGUAGCGGGACUCUUGUUCCAGGCCCAAUCCUUAUCUGCUCUCAACUUCACCGUCGCAAAUGGCCAAGUAUUCACACCUGGCCUGGCCAUAGUCGAUGCACCGCAGCCAGGAACGCCGCUUGGUGGAGAUCAAGUCGAGAUUGCUCUCGAUGUUACUACGAAUGGCCGGCUGCAACUGCCUCCUUACCCAGAGGAGAGUCCCAGUAUGAUCCAUAACAUCCACAUAUUCCUAUAUAGCUACACUACGGGGCGCAAUUUCACCAUCACCAACGGCACUGCCUCUGCCAACAAUGCAAGUCUGGGGGACAUCAUGUUCCAGGAGCCCGGAAGCACCGUCAAGCACAUCUCCAUCCAUCAGUCCUUCCGCCUCAACGGCGAAGAUCACUACACUAUUUUUGAUAUGCCAAUUUCUGUCACCAAUAGUAUUCCUGAGAGUGACUCUCGCCCGUCCUGUGACGCCCUCGAUAAUCAGCCAAUGCUGUCACCUGAGCAACUUCGCGAGUCUGCCGACGAUAUGCCUAUUAUGUUCGCCCCAGGAGAUGCUACUGUGUUGCAGACGAUCGAUGACUUAAGGGGAUUGGGCGGAGCUGCGGCUCUUACUGCUGGUGGCUGGAGGAGCAUGUUGCAGCUUGGGAUGGCGGUGUUGGUUGGGGCAUGGCUGGCGAUGUGA